UAAAUAAUGAUCAUGGCAAAUCAAAAUUUGCAAGUGAAGAGGUCCGAUUUUGAAAUUAAUUAGGUACAUUACUAGCUUUUUGCCAGCGGUUUCAUCUGCGUAAAUUUCGCACGGGAAGUUAUUUUUCCGGGAUGAAAGGAUAUGCAAGGGUGCGCACACGCAUUACUAGUUGGCAAUGAAGAUAUAAUUACGGCAGUACAAGUAAUUACGCGAGCAUGACGUUUAAUUUAACUGGCCCGUACAAAGUCUUAUUGUUGAAGUCCGAGAGGUGCAAGACGCCAUCGAAGCCCUACGACAAGAACCCUUCAACAUAUUUCACUAGCGAGAUAUAUACAGCUAAAAAUAGGACGCUAUUGAGAGGAAACCUAACUGUAGUCAGGGUAGACCCUCAACUGUGGUUAUCAUCUAAAGGUUUCAUUCUGGCUGGGGAUAAAUAUGAAGCUAUAUACGUGGCGAGAGCAGUGGGCUGCAACGGGGUCCUUAUGAGGAUCUUCAAGAUCGGCCUCAACGUGCAGCAUUUAAAGGGUUGUGUGCCUAAGGGCAUGUAUUUAUACAAAGAUGUGGACUUCAACGCCAUCCAGCAGACCUGGACGAAAACCUUGAAGUAUGGCUCGUAUCUGUGGCGGCUACAGCAAAGGAAGGAAGUACACAGUACCAUGAAAGCACACUGCCUCUCUCACCCUUCAACCAGAACACAACAAUGCUGUUAUUUGGCGGCUGAAAUUGAUGAGAGUGAGGUGCCCAUGCAUGCAUUUGAUCAUUAUACCAAGGGCCCAUAUAAAACCACCGUAUUUAAAUCGGAAAAGUGCAAAACUCCAACUAAGCCGUACGACAAAAAUCCAGCCUAUCUGUACUACUGCGAGGCGUAUAAAUCUGGAGAGAAGAUGUUGCUGAGGGCUAACUUUACUGUGAUCAGAGUGGACCCAUUGAUGAAGAUCAAUAUAAGAGCUUACAUCAAAGAGGGGGACGGAUGGAAGAUCAUGUAUAUAAACAAAAGUGGUGGCUGCCAGGGAUUCGUAAUGGAGGCAAUGAAGUAUAUUUUCGGUGUCCAAAAAAGUGGGUGUAUACCUAAGGGUACAUACACUUACAAUCACUUGGACUUCAAUGAAAUUCAGCACAAUUGGUUGAAGACCUUCAUGUACGGCAGGUUCCUGUGGACAGUGCAGAUGCUGACCAGCGCCGGCACCAACGUCUGCUGGCAGUUCGAGACUGACAUUACUCCUAAACUGGAAUAGUCAAGUCUUUAAGAAUUUCCUAGAGCCAACAGACCUGUUUGAAAAUUUUUUUUCUCUGUUUCCGUUCGCGUAGUAUGUCCGACAGACUUUCGCAUUAUUAAAGAUAUUUUUAAUAUGUUGUGCCUAGGCACUAAUUCUAUGGUGUAAACCGAAUUUAAGAGCAAAAUCGUGUGAUGAAAUUAAGCAUAUUUUUUAUUUUCCCAUACAAGUUACUGAUGAAGUGAUCAGCUGAUAUGGAAAUAUCGAAAUAUAUAAUACUUACGCGGAGGUUGUUGUAUUAAAUUUUGUUUUAUUUAAUAGAAUAUUUUUAAGUGAAUAUAAAAAUACCAUAAUAAAUUAUAAAUGAUAAAAUUACAAAAUACCUGUGUAUUUUGUAAUUUUGUCAUUUAUAAUUUAUAUUACAGUACAAAUGGCAUCAGUACUUAAUAUGUUUUUCAUAGUCUCUUUAUGUGUUGCACUGCUGGGCAAAAGGUCUCCAACGAUUAUGUUUUGCUACCUGCGCCCUGGGGCUUCGGAAUAAAAGUAUCCUAUAUGUUAUAUUCUACCCGUAUCAAACUUCAUAACAAUUCGUCUUUUAGAUUUUGCGUCCAGUAGAUUUUGCGUGAAACAAACAUAAACGUUAUAUAAUUAUAAUACUGGAUAUUUAUCCAGAUAGGAUCAUUUGAAAGAAAAGGCAAGUGUAGAGAAAUGGAGGCUGCUCCACCGACAAGAACGACGUUCUUAAUUGCUUGAUGAUAGGUUUUUGAGUAGGUAUAAACCGGAUAUUACCGGUUCAAACUAGUAGGGAAAAUUCACCAAAUGUCAUUAGUUUAUAGGUAAACUAAAACGAAAACGUAAUUAUAUGGUGAUUAGUUAGCGAAAGAAAUCGUAUAAUAAUAUUAUUUAGUAGUAAUCAAAAAUAUGGACAUAUGUAUGUAUUUUAAGUUACAUUAGCUAGAUGUUAAACGGGUAGUAUCAAAAUGAACACCAGCGCAGCGUUACCAAGUUUUAUUAUUCUGUUACUCUGCUAUUUUUGUUACACAUCUCAAAACAAUUUGACAAUGGUAAAUAGGUUGUAUGAUUGGUUUUUUUAGUUAGUAAAUAAAUUAAAUUAAAAAUAAAACUUUACAGGGUCCCUACAAAGCAAAAGUAUCAAUAUCGGAGCCCUGCAAAUCGCCAUCCAAGCCGUACGACAAUAAUCCCGCGAUAUACUUCAACAGUGAGCUGUACACAUCUGGAGGGAAAAAACUGUUGAAAGGAAACUUAACUGUUGUGAAAGUCCUCGCAAAUUUGAAGAUACAAGCAAGAGGCUACGUUCAAGAUGACAAUAAAUGGAAGAUCAUGAACAUAGCGAAUUCAGUGGGAUGUCACGGGAUGAUCAUGAAAGUCAUCAAGUUUGCCUUCAACGUCCAUGGCCACGCCCAUUCCUGUAUACCAAAGGGCACGUACACAUACAAAGAUUUGGACUUUGAUGCCGUUCAGCAAAUGUGGAGCAAGUCCUUCAUGUACGGCAGGUACUUGUGGAGAGUGGAGAUUUUCUCCAGUAGCGGGACUCUGGUCUGCUGGGAGUACGUUUGUGACAUGGAACCAAAACUAAACUGAUUCAAUCACUAUUUCUGUGUUGUUUAUUUCAGCAAAAUUAAAAUCACAUUUCCUUUCAAUUGUUGCGCGAACUCAUGAUUAAAUAGAUUUAUACAUUUUAAUGAUACAAUUACCUAUUAAAACUGAUAUUAACUACCUAAAUUAUGUCAUGUAUAAUUUAGUUAUUCGUAUUAAUUUUCAUACUGUCAUCAAACUAGUAAAAUACGUGUGGUUUCAAUGUUUUUAUUUAUGAUGGAAAAUAAUGGCUUGGUGCCUGUUGUUUUAUGUAUUUUAAUUUGUUAUGGGUCUUCUGGAGAAUAUGAUAAGUCCGGUUUGUAUAGAUCAAUCAUGCUGAACGCCUCAAGGUGUGAGAGGCCCCCUCUGCCAUAUCUGAAGGUGCCUUCGGUGGCUUUCUUUGUUGAAGUAUACAACACCACAAAGAAUAUC